AUGGAAGCCAACUCCUCCAUCCCUCUGAAUGGAUCAGAAGUGGUACUCUAUGAUUCGACCACCUCCAGAGUUCUCUGGAUCCUCUCAGUGGUGGUCCUCUCCAUAACUUUCGUCCUCGGUGUGCUAGGUAACGGGCUUGUGAUUUGGGUGGCUGGAUUUCGCAUGGCACGCACCGUGACCACCAUGUGCUAUCUGAACCUGGCUUUGGGUGACUUCUCUUUCAUGGCUACUCUACCACUCCACAUCAUCUCGAUGCUCAUGAGAGGAAAGUGGCUUUUUGGCUUGUUUCUUUGCAAGUUUGUUCACAUCAUUGUACACAUAAACCUUUUUGUAAGUGUCUUCCUGAUCACUCUCAUUGCCAUGGAUCGCUGUAUUUGUGUCCUUCACCCAGUAUGGGCUCAGAAUCACAGAACUGUGAGUCUGGCCAGGAAAGUGAUUGUUGGAGCUUGGAUUCUUGCUCUGCUGCUUACCUUGCCAAAUUUUCUCUUCUUGACUACAGUGAGAGAUGCAAGAGGAGAUGAGCACUGUGUAACUAACUUUGAAUCCUGGGUUGCAAACCCAGAGGAGCGAUUAAAAGUGUCCAAUACUGUGAACACAGCUGUAGGAAUCAUCAGUUUUAUUAUCGGCUUCAGCAUGCCCAUGUCCUUCAUUGCCAUCUGCUAUGGACUCAUGGCUGCCCAGAUCUGCAGAAUAGGCUUUGUGAAUUCCAGCCGUCCCUUACAUGUCCUCACUGCUGUAGCUGUUUCCUUCUUUGUCUGUUGGUUCCCUUUUCAAUUGAUUAUUCUUUUAGGCAAUAUCUGGAACAAGGAGACACCAAACAGCAUUCACAUUUUGUUGAACCCAGCAAGCACACUGGCCUCUUUCAACAGCUGCCUUAACCCAAUACUUUAUGUCUUUCUUGGUCAGGAAUUCAGAAAGAAACUGAUCCACUCCCUGUCUGCCAGUCUGGAAAGGGCCCUUAGGGAAGACUCAGUCCUGAGCAAUGGCAAAGGCAACAACUUGUCUUCAUGUCCUGCAGACUCAGAGCUAUAG